AUGGCGGCUUUAAAUAGGAGACUACUUAUUUUGAUUUUAUUAAGGCGACGGUUGCAAAGAAGGAAAUAUAGAAAGCGUUUUUGGAUAAGGAAUAUAUACUUAAAUAGAAAAGCAAAAGGGGAAUAUCAUACUUUGGUACGUGAGGCAAUGUUAUUCGACCACGAGUUUUUCUUUCAAAUGUUUCGAAUGAUACCAACAAGUUAUCGAUUAAGUGCUGCCACUGUUGGGCGGGUUGUCAAAGAAACAUGUCAAGUAUUAUGGGAAGUACUUUGUGCUAAAAAGUAUUUGAAUGUUCCUCAAACACCUAAUGGAUGGAUUGAGCUGGCUCGUGGCUUUGAAGUUAGAUGGAACUUUCCAAAUUGCGUGGGUGCAAUUGAUGGGAAACAUGUUACCAAACAAUGCACCCCAAGAGGAGGUUCCAUGUUUUUCAACUACAAAAAAUUUCACAGUGUUGUCUUGAUGGCAGUAGUCAAUUCAAAAUAUGAGUUUAUUAUGGUUGACAUUGGCGAUUACGGAAGGCUUAGUGAUGGAAGUGUAUUUGCCAGCAGCAACCUUGGCAUUGCAAUGGAGAACAACAUGUUGAAUUUACCACCUGAACGAACACUGCCAGGCACAAACAAACAUUUUCCAUACGUUUUUGUGGGAGAUGAUGCAUUCUCAUUACGAACAUAUAUGGUUAAAGCCUAUCCGAGAGGUGUCAUUCAAUUAGCUGAAAAAAUUGCGAAUUAUCGUUUUUCAAGAGCUAGACGUAUUGUUGAGAAUGCUUUUGGAAUAGCAACAUCAAGAUUCAGAUUGUUUAGAUGUGCAAUUACUGCAAGUGUUGAGGUUGCUGUUGAAGCUACAAAGGCUAUAACUGUACUACACAACUUUUUGAUGGCUGGUAGACAUUCUGAGAUUAAUAACUCAUACUGUCCACAUGAUUAUGUUGAUGUUGAAUGCGAAGGCCAUGUGAGAGAAGGGCUUUGGAGGAGGCAAGGGAACAACUGCCCUGGUCUUCAGGAUGUCACGAACUUGGGAUCCAAUAAUUAUUCAGUUAAUGCAAAAAUGUUGCGAUAA